CCGUCGGAGUGGCUGCUCCGUUUACACGCAAAAGGGCGAAGGUCUUAUCACAUCUUCUCUCGGGAUCCUGCGGCGGCGGCGGCGGCCACUAUGAAAGCUCCCCGCCUAGCGCUUUCUUUCCUGUCCUUUGGGCUGCUCCUCGUCCAGCAGCGGGCUGAGUUGUCCGGACUAAAUUAUCUUUACGACAACCGCUAUGCCGGACAUAAGGUGAUACGGAUUAUACCAGAGAAUGACCAAAUGGCAGAGACAUUGAAGAUCCUUUCUCAACAACUUAAAGUGGACCUGUGGCAACCAAGCAGCCCAUCUCUCAUCUCCAUGGGUGCAAUUACAGAUGUACAUCUAUCAAGAAAUAGUUCACAGAUUCUUCAGUUCUCCUUAGAGCAAGCAAACAUCCAAUAUACAGUCCUCAUAUCUGAUUUGCAAAAAACUAUAGAAAAACAAAGUGAUUCGAAGCCACCUAGGAAUCGUAGAUCAUUUCCCGAAUAUAGUUAUGAAAUAUAUCAUUCACUGGAAGAAAUUCAAAGUUGGAUGUAUUAUAUAAAUAAAACUCAUUCUGAUCUCAUCUACAUGUUUUCUGUUGGCAAGUCAUAUGAGGGAAGACCACUUUUUGUGCUAAAGCUAGGCAAAAGAACAAGGGUUUAUAAGAAAGCUGUGUGGAUAGACUGUGGAAUCCAUGCAAGAGAAUGGAUCAGUCCAGCUUUUUGCCAGUGGUUUGUGAAAGAAGCACUUCAGACAUAUCAAAAUGACCCAGACAUGAGAAGAAUGCUAAAUCAGUUGUAUUUCUUUAUCAUGCCUAUUUUUAAUGUGGAUGGAUAUCAUUUUAGCUGGACCCAGGAUCGAUUUUGGAGGAAAACAAGAUCAAAGAAUUCAAAGUUCCACUGCCAUGGAGUAGAUGCUAAUCGUAACUGGAAAGUAAAAUGGUGUGAUGAAGGUGCUUCCCUUCAUCCCUGUGAUGAUACAUACUGUGGUCCAUUCCCUGAAUCUGAACCAGAAGUGAAAGCUGUUGCUCAUUUUCUUCGCAAACACCGGACUCAGAUAAAAGCCUAUUUGUCCUUUCAUGCAUAUGCCCAAAUGCUAUUAUAUCCAUACUCUUACAAGUUAGCAGCUAUUCCAAAUUUUAGUUGUAUGGAAUCUGCAGCUGUUAAUGCUGUAAAUGCCUUGCAGUCAGUUUAUGGAAUAAGGUAUCGAUAUGGUCCUGCUUCCAGAAUUUUGUAUGUGAGUUCUGGGAGUUCAGUGGAUUGGGCUUAUAAAAACGGAAUCCACUAUUCAUUUGCUUUUGAAUUGCGUGAUACAGGUCAUUUUGGAUUUUUAUUGCCUGAGAACCUAAUCAAGCCAACCUGUACAGAGACCAUGCUGGCUGUUAAAAAUAUAACUAUGCACCUCUUUAAAAAGUGUCAUUUAAGUGUUGCAGCCAAGUUUUAAUUUUUUAAUUUUUCUUAAGAAUACAGUGUGAAGUCACUCGAAUAUAGAAUAUGGCAUUUCCCACUAGCAGAAUCCAUUGAAAAAAGAAGUGACAUUUUCUACAAAUAAGAGAUAUCCAAAUAUUUGAUAUCUAAGCCAUGCAUAUUAUGGUAUCAGAACAUAUGAAGGCAGAAAAACUUGAGUGUAUCUAAAUAAUUAUUGAUGAAAUUCUGAAGGGUGGAAAUGAGAAAAAAUAAAAAGAAAAUUUUCAAGUGAGAAAGAAGCACGAAGGCUUUUUUCAAACUCAUGUCUAGCAAGAAAAAGGAUAAAUUAUGUGAAAUCUUUGUUCAAAUGUGCUUUAUCUGCCUAAUUUAUACACAUUAUGAAUCUCGGCUUGGCCCAAAGAAUAAUCAGAAUUACCUUUGCUCAAAAUGUUGAUUUUUGAACCACUGAAAGUUAGUUAUAGCUCAAAUAUGUAUAAUCUAAACUAAAUCUUUUGCAAUAAUAAAGCUAUUUUAUUUCCAGAGUUAGGAUCAUAUGUUUAUUUACAUUGGAAUAAAAUACAUCAUGCAGCAAAAACAUUGGCAAGACCUAUGUAUUAACCUUAUGGGAGGAAUAUACAGAGAAUAGAGGAUACAGUAUAUUCCUGAAUGAAUGUCACCAAAGAGCUACAUUCCAAAAUUAACUUUAAGAUGGAAACAUCCUGGUGGAAUAAUAUCUUGUUCUAUCUUACCUGUUACAUUCAUUAUAUAUUCUAUUUUUUCAUGUCCCAACUGUAGAAGAAUAAUAGCAUUUAUUUUAACUAUUGUACUUUGAACUGCAGGGAACCUAUUUCAUUUAAAUUAUAUUUUAGAAUUCUCCUUCAUAGCUAGAGAUUGAAUAACAUUUAUUGCUAUCACCUUGGAAAUGUCAGUAUGAAGUCAUUUGAUUCAGUGUAGAAAAUGAAUGGUGUAAGACAUAAUCAAAGGGUCAACUCACUCAAUAAGUAUUGCAUUUCCCCAGGCACAGUGAAAUGGAAGAUCUGCUGCUAUGUGCAAAAUAAGUAAAUAACAGCCAAAGCAGAGAAGCUCAGGGAGACUUCCAGGCAAUCUCAACCUACAAUGAAGUGCUCUGAAACCAGGAUAGAAACAGCUAUUAUAUAAAUAACUGGAUCAGAAUCAAUUGGCUUCUCAGAUCACAUGACAAUCGUAACCACUCUCCCUGCAACAUACCAAGUGAUGAAGAAAGUAAGGCAUACUUGUCAGCCUGGCUGGGUUUCAAUCAUGUAUCACUUUCUAAAUAUAGUAUUUCUAGAGCAUGCAAGUACUGAUUAUCUUACAAAUAAAUAUGUACAAUAAUGGGUGGUUAUAUAAAUUGAAUAAAUCCCUCGUAAAAUCGCAAAGGUGCUUUUCCAAAACUGGACUUUCUUGGUUUAUUCCUUGGAAAUGUUUCACUUCUUGGAUGAGACUGCAGUCCCAAGAAUUUCUACACCCAUUUGCACUCUGAUUCAGAUGACUCUGAGGAUACAGAUUAACCCCCAAGUGGCCUCAACGACUCUCAGAGAGCUAAUGAUAACUUUCAGAGUGCUAAUUACCAGAUGACUGCAUAGAAUAUAACUCCUUCCAUUCCCUACUAUUCAGAACUGAAGAAGCUUCUUGGGCAAGAAGUGAAAUGGCAACAUAGAUGCUAUGCUAAAGGUAAAUUGUCCAUAUAAAAAGAACAUCCCACAUAGUAAAUGUGUAUAUCGUACCUGAUUCUGCAUCAAGUACAAUAUAUAUUAUUAAUCUUUUUAAAACUGGUACAUAUGCAUGCUCUAAAUGCAGCUGUAAAAAUAAUGUUCACUUUUGGAUAUAAAGGUGUGCUAUUAAUCUGUUGAUGGCCAGGGUUGAUUUGACAGAUGAAGCUGUCAAGUUCCUUAUUUUGCUUUUCCAUAUUCCCCUGAGAUGCAUGCUUGGUGGAAGUGGACAUCCAUUUCAGAUAUAAAUAGUAUAUGAAGAAUGAUCAAGAAUAUAUAACUGCACUUCUGCGCUAGAACCUUCAAACUCAACAACGAUCAGCUUUCCAUUUAUAGAUGACUGUUACUAAUUAACCACUAUAUUUAUGUUUGCACAUAGUUAAAAAUAAAUAUAAAAAUUGGGACUACGUCCUAUCUUGGCAUUUUGUCUGGUAAUAUUGAGAAUGAUAUUAGAUAAUUUUUCAGUUAUAGUUCUUUGAAAAUAUAGAUGCCACUGAAGACUGGUUGUUGCUUAGAAGACUCCUCACUUGGAAAAUUAACCCUUUUUUUAAUGCCUGGAUUUUUCUACCUUUUUCCCCCCUUGUCUAGUUAUCUCCUCCCUUCACCAUCUCUAUCUUAUUCUUUUUCCUUCCCAGUGCAGCUACUGCCACCCACUGCCUCCAUUUUUUUAUUUUUAUGUUUUCUUUAUUUUUUGCUAUUUGUACUAGAAGAGGGAGAGAAAUAUAUCUUAAUACUGUAUAUAAGUAAUUUGUGAGAAUUCUUGGUUAGUAAGAUGAGGAAAGUAGUGUUGAAAUUUUUUUAUCUAGAUGUAGGAGGGAGGGAGGGAGGGAGGAAGAAAGGAAGGGAUCUAUUCCUAUUUGUGAAGGGAAAAUAACAUUAAAUGCAGGUUCACUUCAUUUUAGAUUUCAGCAGUUAAAAUAUACUAUCAUUUCUGCAUAUCUCUGUCUGUAACUAGAACAUGUUUCCUAGUAUAAAGUAAGGAACAGAAUGGCUUAUGGUCUGGCUGUGGCAUAAAGUCAUGCCAUAUACUAUAUUUUUAUGCUACAUUUCUUGGUACCUUUUUGUAGUUCUUCCCCCCAUACCUCCUCAACUACCCCCAGAGAGACCCUAAAGAAAUGGGCAAAUUGUUGGUAUCCUCUGCUGGCUCUGAGAUCAAUACAUUUAAACUACAGAUCUAACCAUAAGAAAGUUGCCUACAUCUAUGCUAGAACAACAGACAAUACAAAUCAAAUCAAAUAAAAAAUACAUUUUACAUAUGUAAACUUAUGCCUGCAUUUUUAAUUUUUGGAAAAUAUUAGCCCCCUAAGCUGAUGAAUUCAGAGGAGAAUGUUUUAGUUCUAAAUAAAAGCACUAGAAGUCUUUAUUCAAAAGACAUAUAAAUCUCUGUCAGUCUUGUUUGUCUUUGCUGACAGAAACUGAAUAGUCAGGCAGAACAACAAUCCAGAUGUCUUCAUAUGCAAAAUAACUUCCCUUGGGUGAAAAAUAUCAAGUCCAUUGCAUGAAUUGUCCCUUUAUUAAUACAAUAUUUAUUUAAAUUGGCAAUUGAAAGAAUCCAAUUGAUAAAGAUGGAUAACUCCUUGCAGAUAAAAGAAAAAAACCUCUGUUCUACAUAGAAAACUGUAUAAAUCACAUUCUUGCCCAAUCAACAUAUACUGUUACUUAGCUGGCUGCAUGCAAAAUAUCCACAUAUAGUUAAGAAGACAAUUUUUAGACUAUGCAGAGUUCAAAGCUGCUUUAAUGCUACAUUACAAUAUACGACUAAUGUUGGUACUUUAAUGGACAAAAUUUUCUUCAGAUUUUACCCCCAAGCAACAAAAAAGUUCUUUCAUAUUUAAAACAGCCUGGGCAAUAUACUAUGUGUAUUAAAUGGCAUAAUUUGCACAAUAACGUGUGACACAAAUGGUAUAAAAUAUUAAUUACAUAAAAGUCAAAAGACAAACUCUAUCAACUGAGUAUAUUAAAAUAUCAUAUAUUAAAGUGAGAUUAUGUGAAGAUUUUGAAUGAGCAAUCUUUACAAGAGUACUUUUGAGAAAAUUAACAAAAGUUGCAUAUUUUAAACAACAAAAGCAACUUAUAUGUUCAAGAUUUCUAAAGCAUAAUAUUCUUUGUAAUGUAUAUUUAAAUACUGGAAAUAUUUUCAGGUAUAUUAUUUCUUAAUUUGGCAUGCACAUUCUGAGAUUCCACCCAACUCAGCAAUAUAGCCUCAAUUCAUUGAAUUACUAUUCUCUGGAGAUUCGCUGGGGUAAUAUAUUUCGCAGGGUUUGCCAGCAGUCCAAAGGAUUUUUUGUUUCUCUCUCUUUUUUUUUUAUUGAAAAUUUUUGAA